GGAAGGUCCGCCCACCCGCGCCAGGCCCACUCCUCAUUGGCGCCUCCUCCUCGGACUGGCUGCCCCUGGAUCAAAUGACGGCGCUUCGGCUCUACUUCCGGUAUGACAAGCCAGGAGAACACCAGGCGAGCUAGUGUCUCGGCAGCCCAGGAGCCACGCAUGAGGCACCGGACUCUGGCCUGCAGCCCAGGCCUCUGGGCCUCUAUCCCGUGUCCACGCGCGGAGCUGAGCCUGGACCUGGUUUUAGCUUCUGGACAGUCCUUCCGGUGGAGGGAGCAGAGCCCUGCACACUGGACCGGCGUGCUGGCAGGCCAGGUGUGGACACUGACCCAGACGGAGGAGCAGCUGCACUGUACUGUGUACCGCGGGGACAAGGGCUGGCUAGGUAGGCCCACGCUGGAGGAGCUGGUGGCCGUGCGCAAGUACUUCCAGCUGGAUGUCAGCCUGGUCCAGCUGUACAGCCACUGGGGUGCAGUGGACUCCCACUUCCAGAAGGUGGCUGGGAAAUUCCAAGGGGUGCGACUACUGCGCCAGGACCCCAUCGAAUGCCUUUUCUCCUUCAUCUGUUCCUCCAACAACAACAUCGCCCGAAUCACCGGCAUGGUGGAGCGGCUCUGCCAGGCCCUUGGCCCUCAGCUUGUCCAGCUUGAUGGUGUCACCUACCAUGGCUUUCCCAGCCUGCAAGCCCUGGCUGGGCCAGAGGUGGAGGCUCUCCUCAGGAAGUUGGGCCUGGGCUACCGUGGCCGAUACGUGAGUGCCAGCGCCCGAGCCAUCCUGGAAGAAUGGGGUGGGCUAGCCUGGCUGCAGCAACUGCGAGAGGUCCCCUACGAGGAGGCCCACAAGGCCCUCUGCACCUUGCCUGGGGUGGGAGCCAAGGUGGCUGACUGCAUCUGCCUAAUGGCCCUAGACAAACCACAGGCUGUGCCAGUGGACAUCCACGUGUGGCAGAUCGCGAAGCGUGACUACAGCUGGCACCCCAGCACGUCUCGGGCCAAAGGCCCAAGUCCCCAAGCCAACAAGGAACUGGGAAACUUCUUCCGAUGCCUGUGGGGACCUUAUGCUGGCUGGGCCCAAGCAGUGAGUGCACCCAGGUUUCCCCUGGUCUUGAGCCCAGACCCCAUAAGGUUCUUCUCCAGCCCUGACCUAUGGACUCUCCCACUCCCACCACUGUCCCAGUGAGCCUAAGGGACUCUCCAGCCUCCCCCAGCCUAGCCUUGUGGCCUCUUCCACCUCCCCAUACUGUCACCAGCUCAAACAACCCUGACCCCAGUACACCCUCCUCCCUACAGACUCCUUAUGCCCCUCCCACAGGUGCUGUUCUGUGCUGACCUACGCCAGCCCCACCAUGCUCCAGAGCCACCAGCAAAGCUCAGAAAACAGUCCACAGAGCCAGAAGUAUAGGAGGGGCCCUGAACAAAGAGACUCCCUAAAUAACUUCCUGUCACCCACUACUCCUCUCCCCAGCCCCACUUAUAUUGGGAGGAUCCCUACAAUUACCUCAGGGGCCAGGCACCUCCAAAUCAACCAGUGGGUUUGCACAAGGUGGGGUGGGGAGUUUCUGGGGAGGCAGAACUAUCUGUGGUUUUAUCUUCUCUUUAUUACAAGAAGGGACAAUAAAAUAGAAACAUUUGUAUGGAAAA